UUAAGUCAUAUGUUUACCAAUAGUCUUAGGAUGUUUAAAGUAGGGAACGUUUCGUGUAUAUAACAUUGAUCACUGAUUCUUUAGCUUAAUUCAAUGACGUGAAGGCUUUCGUGAUCAAUUUCAUUAGACAGCACUCGGCCAGGAAAAUGGAGAAGAAAAAUAUUACCCAAGACAUCAGUCAGUUGACUUUGUUGUGUCCACUUGACAACAAACUUCCCCCAAAAAAAAGUAGUCCUCAGCGUGGCUUGAAAAUUUUACGAGAGAAAGCCAUGAAGAAAAAGGAAGGAAAUCCUAAGAAGCAGCUUGAUGGAAAAGCUAAAGGUUUAUGGGAUGCAGCAAGAACAAGAAAAAAUCUAAUUGAAAAUGAAAAAUCAAUAGUUAAGGUGGCACAAUAUGCAAAUGAAAAAUUUGAAGGGUUUUUUCAAAACUAUGCACCAGUAACAGUUAUAUUGAGUGAAGCAAAUUGGAGAAGCAAGUAUGAAACUUUGGAUGAUAGCCCAUUCCGAAAAAAGUUCUUAGAUAUUUUAGAAGGAAAUGAUACCCUUCAUUCUGGACUGAAAAAAGACAAAAAUGAGGAGAUGAGUAACAUUCUAGCAAGCCUUGUUAAACUUGAUGAAAAGCUAUUUGAAGAGUUUUUGUGCAAAAUUUCAAAUGAAGAAUUUCAAAAGGUAUUAGAGUUGAGAAAAAAACUACCUGUUUGGAGCCAAAAAGAAGACAUUGUGAAAGCCAUCAAGGAUAAUCAAGUUGUUGUCAUCAGUGGAGCAACUGGAUGUGGAAAAACCACUCAAAUUUGUCAAUUUUUGUUAGAUCAGGCUAUUGAAUCAAGAUCUGGAUCAACUUUCUGCGCCCUAUGUACUCAACCUAGGCGAUUAGCAGCAAUAUCUGCUGCUCAUCGAGUAGCUGAAGAACGGGUUGAAGUUUGCGGUGACCCUAGGAGCUCUGUUGGCUAUCAAAUAAGAUUGGAACGACUAAAUCCCCGAGAAAGAGGAUCGAUUCUUUUUUGUACGACAGGGAUUCUAGUGCAGCUACUAAUAUCAGAUCCUCUUUUAGAAAAAUAUUCCCACAUUUUACUGGAUGAAGUGCAUGAAAGAGACUUGCUGACUGAUUUCAUCCUGACUGUCGUGCGUGAUCUCCUUCCAAAGCGUCCGAAAUUGCGUGUCAUCCUCAUGAGUGCCACCAUCAAUUCAAAUCUUUUGUCAGAGUACUUUAAUAAUUGCCCGGUGCUCAAUAUUGCUGGCAGAAGUUUCCCAGUAGAAACCGUGUAUUUGGAAGAUAUCCUUAGCAAGUUGGACUUUCGGUUUCGUUCGACUCGCAAUAGAAGUGGAGCGGAUUCUCAUCCAAAUCAUUUGGAUAUAGAGUACAACCAAAUAAUGGCUCCUUUUGUUGAAGAAAUGGAAGCUAAUCACAGUUAUCCGUUUCACGUAUUGAAAUCCUUACGAAAAAGGGAAUCAGAAGAAUCCCCUGAAAUGUUGAUUAUGGCUCUACUCAAACACAUUUGUGCACGAGAAGCUGACGGUGCUAUUCUCAUCUUUUUUCCUGGCUGGGAACAAAUCAAAAGACUGAACAAGCUAUUGCUGAGUGACCGAACUUUUUCUAGUAGAAAGUUUUUGAUUUUUACCCUGCAUUCGAUGUUACCCACUUUUAACCAACGUCAGAUCUUCGAGAAGCCACCUCGUGGAGUACGCAAACUAAUACUAUCCACAAACAUUGCGGAAACGAGCCUUACCAUCGAUGACAUUGUGUACGUUAUCGAUUGCGGCAAGGCCAAACUACCGAAUUUUGAUCCCCUAAAGAAACUGAAUACUCUUAAUUCCGAAUGGAUUGCGUUAGCUAAUGCUCAUCAACGGCAAGGGCGUGCAGGUCGCACAAAACCAGGAAUUUGUUACAAAUUGUACAGUCGUGGUCGUGAAUCAACUUUUGUUCCUCACGCUUUACCUGAAAUUAAGAGGACUCGACUAGAAGAGCUAAUAUUACGAGUUAAAAUACUCAAACUUGGUCAAGUUCAAGCCUUUCUCCGCAAAGUACCUGAACCGCCUGAUGACCUCACGGUCAAAAUUAGCCUUGAAUUACUGCACGAACUAGGAGCGUUAGACGAUGCUGAAUGCCUCACUCCACUGGGUUUUCAUCUUGCCCAGCUACCAACCGAUCCGAGCACUGGAAAACUCAUCCUUCUUGGAGCCAUUUUUGGAUGUCUGGAGCCUAUGCUAGCGAUUGCUGCUACAUUGAGUUUCAAAGAUCCCUUUGUGAUGCCACUAAAUCAAGAAGAUAACUACCGAAAGAGAAGGAAGUUCCUAGCCGAGAAAUUGUUUUCUGAUCACCUGUUGAUCGCCAAAGUGAUGCAUGAUUUUAGAGCAGCUCAGCUAGAUGGCCAUGUUGCUGCAAAAAACUAUUGUCAUGAAAAUUUUCUAAGUACUAGCACCAUGACGAUGCUUUCAAAUAUGAUGGAACAAUUUUGUCGUGAUCUCCGUGAACGCCAGUUUUUGAGCAACAGUGCAUCCAUUAGUGAUCCAGUUGCCAACAUCAACUCCAAGAACCAUCCCCUUAUUCUUGCAGUCCUUUGUGCUGGCCUAUUGCCCAAUGUUGCAGAAGUAGUAAUAGCCGGCCGUAGUUUACCGAAACGUAAUUUACCCAAAAUUCCUACGUCACCCGUGAAAGUGAAAACACCCGAAGAUGGUCCAGUAUUAAUCCACCCUCGGUCGAUCAACUACGACACUGUUUUUGCUAAAUCUACAUGGCUGUGUUAUCACGGCAAGGUUAAAAGUAGUAAUUCCAUCUAUCUGCAGGAUUGCUCAAUAGUUCCACCUCUGGCAGUGCUCUUCUUUGGAGAUGAGAAACUUUUCAAUAAAAAAGAUGCCAAAUUGAGCAAACGGUUUGGAUACAAAUGGGAUUCUUCAACAAUGGAAGCAACUCGGUCUCUGCGAACGUGUUGGGACAAUUACCUUUGUCAUCGUGUAUCGCAUCCAGGAGCAACAGAUUGGUCGUCUGAUUCCACAGAUUCUGCGCUCUUAAGAGCUAUUAUUCAUUUUACCACAGCUACGGUGGUAUCACUCAAUGAAGACACAGGACUUUUGUCUGUGGCUCAUGAAUAACAGUCGCCGGAGCAUGUGGUAAAAUCUUUUGUUUAAUCUAGUCAUAUUUGGACCUUUGUAAAAUAAAAGGAAUUUGCUUUUAAAAUAAAUAAAUGGCUUGAUCACUA